UCGGUGAUUGAAGACAAGACCAUUGAGCUGAUGAACACGUCAGUAAUGGAGGAUCAGAAUGAAGAUGAGUCUCCAAAGAAAAAUACCCUAUGGCAGAUAAGUAAUGGAACCUCAUCCGUGAUUGUCUCCAGAAAAAGACCAUCGGAAGGGAACUACGAAAAGGAAAAAGACUUGUGUAUUAAAUAUUUUGACCAGUGGUCUGAAUCAGAUCAAGUGGAAUUUGUGGAACACCUUAUUUCACGAAUGUGUCACUAUCAGCAUGGACAUAUUAACUCUUACUUGAAGCCCAUGUUACAACGGGACUUCAUCACUGCGCUACCAGAGCAAGGCUUAGAUCACAUAGCAGAAAACAUCCUUUCCUACCUGGAUGCCAGAUCACUCUGUGCAGCAGAGCUGGUCUGUAAGGAGUGGCAGAGAGUCAUCUCUGAGGGAAUGCUAUGGAAAAAGCUGAUUGAGAGAAUGGUACGCACAGACCCCCUGUGGAAGGGACUGUCAGAAAGAAGGGGUUGGGAUCAGUACCUGUUUAAAAACAGACCAACAGAUGGCCCCCCAAAUUCCUUUUACAGGUCCUUAUACCCAAAGAUAAUACAGGAUAUAGAGACUAUAGAAUCUAACUGGCGGUGCGGGCGACACAACUUGCAAAGGAUUCAGUGCCGCUCAGAAAACAGCAAAGGUGUCUACUGUUUACAGUAUGAUGAUGAGAAGAUUAUCAGUGGCCUACGAGAUAACUCCAUUAAGAUCUGGGACAAAACAAGCUUGGAAUGUUUGAAAGUAUUAACAGGACAUACUGGCUCAGUUCUUUGUCUGCAGUAUGAUGAGAGAGUCAUUGUAACUGGAUCUUCAGAUUCUACAGUGAGAGUGUGGGAUGUAAAUACAGGUGAAGUUCUGAACACCUUGAUUCAUCACAACGAGGCGGUGCUUCAUUUGAGGUUCAGCAACGGCUUGAUGGUGACAUGCUCCAAGGACAGAUCAAUUGCUGUUUGGGAUAUGGCAUCACCAACUGACAUCACCCUGCGCCGUGUCCUAGUUGGCCAUCGUGCUGCUGUCAACGUGGUGGACUUCGAUGACAAGUACAUUGUGUCAGCGUCAGGGGACAGGACCAUUAAAGUCUGGAGCACAAGUACGUGUGAGUUCGUUCGCACGCUCAACGGGCACAAGCGUGGCAUUGCGUGCCUGCAGUACAGGGAUCGACUGGUCGUCAGCGGCUCCUCAGACAACACCAUUAGGCUAUGGGACAUUGAGUGUGGUGCCUGUUUAAGAGUAUUAGAAGGCCAUGAAGAACUGGUUCGAUGCAUCAGGUUCGACAACAAGAGGAUUGUCAGUGGAGCCUAUGAUGGCAAAAUUAAAGUUUGGGACUUGCAAGCUGCUCUUGACCCUCGUGCCCCAGCAAGUACAUUAUGCUUGCGUACACUAGUGGAACAUUCAGGACGUGUCUUUAGACUGCAGUUUGACGAGUUCCAGAUCAUCAGUAGUUCCCAUGACGAUACGAUUCUGAUUUGGGAUUUCUUAAACGUGCCACCCAGUGCCCAGAACGAGACCCGCUCUCCAUCUAGAACAUACACUUACAUCUCCAGAUAACAGUCUGCACUUUACUGCCCUCAGAAGGGUUUCACAGUCUGAACUACUGGAUUUUUGGCUACUACAUGCCUGAAGAUGUUGAUUGACACCUAAAGUCAGAAUUGGUUCUAGAUGCUGUGUAGAUGCAAAGCAGCACAAUUCUAUAUCUAAAUUUCUUACUCUUUCCUGCUCUCAGUUGGUCGUCUUUGAAUUUGCUACAAAUUCACUGACUCCGAGUAGAUGAAUUUCAGAAGCCUUCCCUUCCCUGCAGUGAGAAAUCCAAAGCUUCACAUGUAAAUUGUCCGUAGAAACUGAACUCUGAUGGCUUGUUUUUCAGAAAUAAAUCAGAAGUCAAGAAAG